GUUAGUGUGCCAGUGUGUGGGUGCGCGCGCAUCGGCGGUGUGUUCCGCCCGGAGUGUCCCGCUCCUAACGUCCACCCCCCCGGGAAGCGGCGGCACACUUCGCCGACGAGGAAGCAGCAAAAGGAGUGUAAUGUGUGGGCAGCUGUAGAAAAGUGUUCGAAAAUGUAGUGUGGUAAUGAAGAUCAAAGUCAGGCCGGUGGAUAAGUUCGCUAGCGUGGUCACCACAAGUUGAACAGUCAGCGUCAUGGACUCCAAGGUAGACCCGCACCACGUAGAAGCCGGCGGCCAUUGGCAUGUGACGCACCAAGCGGCCGAGCUGGAAGCGAGGACCCGAGACGGGGAGGGCUGGAAGCUGGUGGAAGUGUUGCUCUCUGGAGGUGCGCCGUGGGGAUUCACGCUGCGAGGAGGACUGGAGCAUGGUGAACCUCUGCUCAUCACCAAGGUGGAGGAGGCCAGCCAGGCAGCAGCUGUGGGUCUGCAGGCGGGAGACGAGCUGCUCAACAUCAACCACAUUCCCCUCAGCGGCUACAGGCAGGAGGCAAUCUGCCUGGUGAAAGGCUCCCACAAGAUGCUCAGUCUCAUGGUGAAAAGGCGCAAUGAGCCCAUAAGCAGGCCUCACUCCUGGCACUCCACCAAGUUCAACGAGAGCCAAGCGGAGUCGGCCAAGACGCAGACUCCGCCCGCCGUGGCGUGGCACAGUGCGUACGAUGCCAGUUCUUCAUCGACCGAUCUGUCCGCUGGCUGGGAGCAAACCAACCUCUGCAGGGUUUCGGACCAUUUCAGCUCCCUGGGCAGCAUGGACAGCUUAGAACAGGUCCCCCAUCCGUACCCGGCCGGUCAGCUGUCCCCCGCCAAGUCCAACAACAACAGCAUGGAGCACCUCAGUGGAGGCAAGCGAGACUCCGCCUACAGCUCCUUCUCCACCAGCUCCGGAACGCCGGACUUUACGCUCUCCAAGAGCAACGCCGCCUCCACGGAGAACGUGCUGUACAAGGUCAGCCAGUGGGAUGCGGGGGGGAGGCACAGCAACGGCAGGAACAGCCAAAGUGUGAUGGAGGGAGUCAGACCGGAGGACAAGCUCAUGUACUUUCAGAUGCCGGGAGGCUGCGACGGGCCUCAGAACGACGACCAGGCCGGAUUCCGCCAUUCCACAUCUGGCAGAAUGAGUUGCGGGCCGGUCUGGCAUGUUCCAGAAAAAAAGAAGACCUCCUCUCCUUCGCCGCCCCCACCGCCGCCCCCAGCCCGCAGUGACAGCUUUGCUGUCGCCAAGGAACGAGGGCUUGUCAUAGCUCACCCAGAAGCGCUUAGUUCUCGUGUCCAGGGUAAACUUUCUGCUGAAGAUCGUGGUGGUCACAACCUUUCCCCCCAAAAUGAGCGGGGUACUUUUUACUCUCACAGCUCGAACAAGCAACACUCCCUCUCCAGCAGUGAUGUCCGGCCAGGUCAGCCCACCCAUCACAGGCACCACGGCGACAAAAGCACUUUCCCUCCGCAACCGUGGGCUACAACCGGCCCGAAGAACAUCAGUGGCUACUUCUCCAGCAUGCAGGAGCUGCCCACUAAUAGUUCUGCACAACUGACAAACCAGAACCCCAGGAGAAAUGUCAGCACGUCUCAAGCUCCUGACCCCAACACUGACGCCGCCGGACAUAGCCGCUACUACUGUGUCACCACAUGCCAGCCUGCAUCCGGGAACCCCGAGGACGGGAAAAGUAUGGACUUAACCCAGACCGGAAAUGAGCAGAACACUCUUAGCCAACAAACGCACACCAAAGCUAAGUAUCAGCUGUCUCCACAGCCGCAGUACUCCUCUAACGGGUACAUCAAGCAGCAGGUGACCUCGGUUCUGGAGACCUCGCCCCUUAAAGUCACUGCUGACGACGGCAGGAAGCAUCGAGGACCAAACGUACAAAAUGAGGAGGCCCAGCACCCGAGCAAACUUUCCGAACAACGGCGGUCGCUACCUCUGCAGCACAGAGAACUUCCCCAAGAUGUGAGGCACCACAAGAUCAGCCCCCAGACCACGCCCAUGCUCCAUCGCUUGGCCUUGGACGCCAAAGCAGAGACAGACGAGACGGUGGAGUCUGUGCAGAUGAGGCGCAGUGACCGCUUUGCUACAACCUUAAAGAAUGAGAUCCAGAUGAGAAGAGCCAAGCUGCAGAAGAGUAAGAGCGCCGCAGCUCUUCCCGGCGAAGCUGAAGACGAUCAGGACGUAUGGAAGUCCAACAAGAACUGCAGCCCUGCUGUGGCCAACAGCCCCUUCACCAACACCUAUAAGGAUCAUCUGAAGGAAGCACAGGCGCGGGUGCUGAAGGCUACGUCCUUCAGGAGGAAAGAUCUGGAACCCGUGUUGCUGGAGCACCCCUCAGCUGAAGCUAUACCCAGUUACCCAGCCUCAGCCAUGGCUCGGAAAGACCUAACUCCUGUCCCAUCAGUCUCAGAGAUGGCCAUGAGACAACCUGCCACUCCGGGUUGUCCAGUAAUGCGCAUUGGUGGCCGAAAGCGCAUCCAGGCUGAAAAGAAGGUACGGUCCUUCUCGGAACCUGACAAAAUCCAUGAAGUCGGCGUAAAAGAGGAAGAAAGCAUGAGCGCGUCAUCGGACCAACAGAAACUCUUCAAAGAAAACGGGAAACCUGUGGUUCCCGACCAGGCAUCUUCCCACCGCGCCAGAGAGAAUCCCAAUGAUCGCACAGCUGCUGCUUUGGACAGCCAAACAGAAGCCGGUAAUGACCCUCAGGAAGGUCCGUACUCGGUCUAUGACCAGCAACGACUGGGCACCUUCGCCGAGUACGAGGCCAGAUGGAACGUCCAGAAGAAACCCGCAGAGACCAGAGCCUCUGGACGAUUCCGGUCUGCCGACAACAUCCUGGAUCCUGGGUCUGAGGAGAGAGCCAAGUCGGCCUGUUGUCACGAGAGGUCCAGGUCUUCCCCCUCAGCGGACAUCUAUGCACAGACAACUUGUGUCGCGGCAAUAACAACACCAGAGAAGGAACAAUCCCAGAUGGAGAAGAAACCUGCAGCCUCAAGCUCCCCGGAGAGAGCAGCGAGGGACGGCGAGCGUGCGUCUGCGGCUGCCGACCGCACUCCCGCGCAGCUCCUCCCCUCGCCGGCCCAGGAUACCGCCAAGUCGCCGUCCGCACCCAGGAGGCAGCCGGCCCCGCCCACAUGUCCUGAGCAGCAGUCCCCGAGUCACACCCGCAGCGGCGAGGCCAACCCCGCCCACCCUCCUCAGGCCCAGGGCAAAGUGGCGGCAGACCAUCCGCCUGGGAGGACGCCGGCCGCCAUGGAGGCGCCACGCCCGCCUUCGCCACACUUUUCCCCGCAGAGACUCAGCGACAAACCUCCCGUCUGCCUGCAGGACCACCACUCUAACGGGGUGGAAAACGUGCCGGAGAAGCCUAAAGUGAAGAAAGUUCCCGUCAGGACCCCGCGGGACCCGGAGAGCGGCUCCUUGGCGGCGAGCGGCGGCCCCGACAUGAGCAGGCUGGGCAGUCUCGGGGGCGGCAGGCAGGACUCGCUCUUCUGCGCCUUCAGCCGCCCGAGACCAGCUGGGUCUUCACCGCCCGAGACCCUGGAGGACCCCGACAGGACCCGUGUGGAGGACCAGGCCACGCCCAGGGUCUCUGAGGAGCAGAAGAGGGAGGAGCUGGCCCGGGACAUCAUGGACAAGGACAAGUCCCUGGCAGAGAUUCUGGACCAGAGCAGGAUGAAGACCACCAUGGACCUGAUGGAGGGCAUCUUCCCUCCAGGGGAGCAGCUGCUGGACGCAGCACACCAGCGCAGGAAAGUCCCGUCCAAGCCCGCCACCUCACGUCCUGUGGAGGAGAGAGAAAAGGAGGACGGUAUGGUUGCCAUGGUGACCAGCUCAGCGUACUACAGUACUUCAGCCCCCAAAGCCGAGCUCCUCAUCAAAAUGAAGGACAUGCAGGAUCAGAACGAGGACGAGGACGAGGACUACGGUGACGAGCUGGACAUGGACUUGGCCAACAAGAAGCAAGAGCUGAUCUCCAGCCUGAGCCAGAAGCUGCAGGUCCUGCGUGAGGCGCGCCACAGUCUGCAGGAGGACGUGCUGGACAACAACGCUCUGGGGGAGCAGGUGGAGGCCCGAGUCCAGCAGGUGUGCAAGCCCAACGAGCUGGACAAGUUCCGCAUGUUCGUGGGGGACCUGGACAAGGUGGUCAGUCUGCUGCUGUCCCUGUCGGGGCGCCUGGCCCGGGUGGAGAACGCCCUCAACAGUCUGGACCAGGACGCCACGCCCCAGGAGCGACACACGCUGACAGAGAAGAGGAAGCUGCUGAUCCGGCAGCACGAGGACGCCAAGGAGCUGAAGGAGAACCUGGACCGGCGGGAGCGCGCCGUCUACGAGAUCCUGGACAGCUACCUGGCGCAGGACGGCAUGGCGGACUACGAGCACUUUGUCAAGAUGAAGUCGGCGCUCAUCAUGGAGCAGCGCAAGCUGGAGGACAAGAUCAAGCUGGGAGAGGAGCAGCUCAAGUGUCUGCUGGACAGUCUGCCCGUGGACCAGAGGCAGGCCUUCUGACACGCUGCACUUCCUGCCCGUGUCCAGCAGAGGGGGUCAGACACACACACACAAACACACACUGUACAUUGCAUCAAGCCUUUCCUUCUUCUAGUAAUUUAUUAUAGCCUUUUGGGUCUGCACAGGAAGUCCACACCACCUCACUUCCUGUUUGUCACCGCACCAAUUUCACUUCACUUUUUGUUUUUUCAAUAUUUGACCCACAGACUUUUCUUUGUGUGACGGAAAACGACAAACUAUUCAGUACCAAUCACUUGGAUGUGCUACUUUUGUUUACACCGCAUCUUCUUCUUGCCUUGUUUGCACCACUCGUGUGGCUUCUUACACUUUCACUCACUUCUUUCCAACUUUAAAAGACACAACUUUUUUGUUCUGCCUUUGAACAAAGGUGUCCCUUUUUUUUUAACGACCUGUUCUAAAAAUACAAAUAAAAACUGUCAGGUUCAAACAUCGAUGACAUCUAUUAUAACAGACAAGAAGCAAGGAAAUAAACAGAGAGAGGAUUCAAUUUUGCUCAAUUUGAGGAGAAACGUGUCGACCUGUAACCUCUUCCAGUGUCACCCGUGCUCUGGCGAAAGAUUGUACGCCACCUCUUUUUAUUUGGACUUUCCCUGUUUACAUAACAACAGCUGUUUUUAAAGGUAUGUAAACAGCCAUUGUUUUCGGUCACAUUCACUCAAAACAAAAAGAUGCCUCGGGCUUGAACUGGUCCUGGAUCAAGCUUGGGCAGGUCUUGGAUGACAAUAGAUAACCCCUCCCGUCUCUUCCCGUUGUACACAGCGGAAUUUUCCAAGCCUUUGGCUUGGUGCAACUAAGACAGCCUCUUGUCUGUUCACUGGGAACUCAGAAUGGAAAGUUUUUUGAUAAUUUACAUACAAUUUUCUGACAAAACCAGUGGAACAAAAGAGUAAAUGUGACAAUAAAUAGUUGCAAUGUU